AUGGCUUUGCUGUUCGGUCGCAAGACUGCAGGAACCAAGUGGAACACGAUCAACUACGCCCGUGGUCUCGUUAUCACUCUCUACAUGGUAUCUUGGGGCUUCUCCUUCAUGGCCACCAUCCUGGUCCAGACCAACAAUAACAACAUUGUCUCUUGUGUCAUGUCCAUCUACGCCUGUGUUGCUCUCUAUGCCGGAUCCAAGGUGGUUAUCUAUCUCUUCCUGAUGGAGAAGGUCUAUGUCGUCACUGCUGUUGGUUCAACCCGUCGAGACUUUUUCUUGUACAAGGUCAACUUGAUUCUAUUGCUGCCUUACACUGUCGUCAUAUCCCUUAUGAUUGCCUACCAGAACUCUGAGCUUCGUGCGGAGGAAGGCGGAAAGUGCUACAUCGGCCUGGGACCCCAAGCAGUCUAUCCCUUGAUCCUUUACGAUAUCUUUAUGUCGUGCUGGUUGACCUUCUUGUUCAUCCGCCCCCUCAUGAGCUCCACCUCGUUGCUCCAAGGCCCCUCCAAGGGCAAGCUGCGUGAUGUUGCCCGCAGAACCUUGAUGGGAUGUGUCAUCUCCUUGAUCCUCAGUACGGGCAACAUCUCGUCCUUGGUCAUCUUCAAGGGUUACGAGCGUGGCUUAAUCUGUUUGUCGUCCUGUACUGCCGAUGUGACUCUGAACGCCAUCACCAUCCAUUGGGUUACCUCCCGUGGUGGUGGACGUGUUGUGGGCACCGCCAGGUCGACGAGGGAGAGACCCGGUACCGCUUACAACGCCGGCAACAACGGCGUCCAUAGCGGAUACCACCUUACGGCCGCCGAUAAGCAGGUUGCUCCUUUGGAGUCGCACAUGUCGGUCACGGUCGAGUCCUAUGUGGAAGAGUACCAUCAGAUGCACUAUGGCGGCGGUUCAAGCAGUUCGACUGUCACCUCGCCACGGUACGGAAACACUGGCAGGGACCGGUAUGGUGAUGAUAUCCUACCGGCCACGACGCGGUAUGGUGAGACCAAUACUUCGCGGUAUGGGGAGCCUAGCUCAUCUCGCUAUGGCGAGUCAAGUUCUCCUCUUUAA